AUGUUUCCUCUUCCACAAUUGAACGGAAAAACUCUGGAUGCAAAAUACGCAGCGACGAACGACAGACUGGCCAGCGCUACCACGUGGAGGUGCCAGCACAAGGAAGGCGUUGGCAUCGCUGGAGACGAGAGCCCGCAAAUAACUGAAGAUCAUGAAACACACCAACCGUUCAAGGCUCAACAGAAUCUAUAUCGAAACUGUCUACAUGAGCAGGUGUUGAUUGGCGUUGUUACGCACGACAGCUAA